AUGGACCUGGACCUGGACCUGGACCUGGACCUGGACCUGGACCGGCUGGACGCCUCCGGCUUCUCACACAUCUGGACGCUUCUGGACGUGGACGAUCACGGUUUCAUCGAAGCGACGCAGCUCGACGACUUCUUCCGUCGCGUGAUGGAGAAACUGGGAAAGAAGAGAGAAGAGAUCACUGAACUCAACAUCAGGCGACUGAGAGAAAGGUUCAUGUCGGCUGAUGACGUCUCAGCCGCCGGACGCCUGCAGAUCCAAGAGCUCGCAGCCAUGAUGCUGUCGGAGGAAGAGAAGUUCCUGCUCCUGUUCCACAGAGAGACGCCGCUGGACGACAGCGUGGAGUUCAUGAGGAUCUGGAGAAACUACGACGUCGACAGCAGCGGCUUCAUCUCCGCCGUCGACCUCAAGGGCUUCCUUCAGGACCUGUUCCUCCAACACAGGAAGUCCAUCCCCGCGGAGAAGCUGGAGGACUACACUGUCUCCAUGAUGAAGAUGUUCGAUAAGAACCAGGACGGCCGAUUGGAUCUGAACGACCUGGCCAGAAUUUUGGCUCUGAAAGAAAACUUCUUACUGAAGUUUAAGAUGGACGCCUGCAGUCAGGACGACAGGAAGAGGGACUUCGAGAAAAUAUUCACUCACUAUGACGUCAGUAAGACGGGUGAGUUGGAGGGUCCUGAGGUCGAUGGAUUUGUCAAAGACAUGAUGGAGCUGGCGAAGCCCAGCCUCAGUGGCACAGACCUGGACAAGUUCAGGAAAGCUGUGCUCGGCCACUGUGACAUCAACGGAGACGGAAAGAUCCAGAAGAACGAGCUGGCUCUCUGCCUCGGCCUGAAGCUCAGCUAGCGUCCUCCGCCUGGCCUUCCUCUCCCUCCUCUUCCUCCUCUUCCUCCUCUUCCUCUCCUCUUCCCUCCUCUUCCUCUCCUCUUCCCUCCUCUUCCUCUCCUCUGCCUCCUCUUCCUCUCCUCGUCCUCCUCUUCCUCCUUCUCUAUGUUGCUUCCUCUCCUCUUCCCUCCUCUUCCUCCUUCCCUCUGUUGCUUCCUCUCCUCUUCACUCCUCUUCCUCCUUCUCUCUGUUGCUUCCUCUCCUCUUCACUCCUCUUCCUCCUUCUCUCUGUUGAGUCCUCUCCUCUUCCCUCCUCUUCCUCCUUGUCUUCCCUCCUCUUCCUCCUUCUCUCUGUUGCUUCCUCUCCUCUUCCCUCCUCUUCCUCCUUCCCUCUGUUGCUUCCUCUCCUCUUCACUCCUCUUCCUCCUUCUCUCUGUUGCUUCCUCUCCUCUUCCCUCCUCUUCCUCCUUCUCUCUGUUGCUUCCUCUCCUCUAACCUCCUCUUCCUCUCCUCUUCCCUCCUCUUCCUCCUUCUCUCUGUUGCUUCCUCUCCUCUUCACUCCUCUUCCUCCUUCUCUCUGUUGCUUCCUCUCCUCUUACCUCCUCUUCCUCUCCUCUUUCCUCCUCUUCCUCCUUCUCUCUGUUGCUUCCUCUCCUCUAACCUCCUCUUCCACUCCUCUUCCCUCCUCUUCCUCCUUCUCUCUGUUGCUUCCUCUCCUCUUCCUCCUCUUCGUCCUUCUCUCUGUUGCUUCCUCUCCUCUUCACUCCUCUUCCUCCUUCUCUCUGUUGCUUCCUCUCCUCUUCACUCCUCUUC